CCGUUCAGUCCUUGAAAUUACACGCCGGUAUAGCCUACUUGAACGGGUUGACGCCACAUAUCCCGCCAGUGCUUUAACGCGUCCACGACAGUUUUACGAUUCUAACUUUGUAACUCUACCUUUUUUCGUUUCUUGGUUUGCUGUAUUACUGGCCCGGGCUGGUCUUGCUUCUCCUCCUCUCCGGCGUUCAUACCUUUUGGCGGCUCUAUCGGUCUGUUCAUUCUAAUUCGCUCUGUUCCUUCAUCUUGGUUAGUUUUGCUUCCACCCUGAGCCUAUCUUUCUUGUUGGUAUCAAAACGCCUGGCGCAACCUUGGUCCUGUGAGCGAUCUCAAUCGUUUAGCAGAAGGCGCUCGGAUUGUCGUGCGAGUGAGCUGACAUUUCUGUGCGUGUUCUUUCUUAUUCCUUGUUCGUGGAU